CACUUGCUCUUAGUUUGGAGUAUCGUCCUUACUUAUCGUCCAUACCUGUUAAAUCUUGCAAGUAGAGGUAGCUUGCGGCUAGGCUUAUGAUGGAGAACGCAGAAACAACUUCUAACUCUUUGGGACUCGACUUUGAGACUUCCGCCCCUCUGGAAGAUUCUUCAAAUACUGUGCCAUUUGACUCCACCAGUACCGAGAUAGAACAAGAGCAUUUGGAAUCAUCUCUACCUGUAAACAGUGAUGUGAAAUCCAAGAAAAAACCGUAUCUUAAUCCUGAACGCGUCAAAACGGGUGGGGUACAACGGGAAAAACCAAGCGAACAGGAGCUGGCAAAUCGUAUGGCCCGUAUUAAGGACCAGAAUGAGAAAAUCAAACAGAGAAGGAUGGAUGUUCAGGCCGACGAAGAAGCAUUCAAAAAAACGCAAGAAGCUGAACGUAUACGACAAGUUCACAACCGCGAAGUGCAGGAGCAUGUCGAUCGCACUCGCGAACAGAAUGCUCGAAAGAAAAUGGAUAAAGUUCAGAGCCGGGAGUGGGACUCUGGCAAGUCAGUUUCAUAUUCAAAGGAGAGAAGGCUACCGGUGCCGGUAGCCAAGGUCGCUGGUGAUAAUGUCACAUCGAGUACGUCUUCUUCUCGGAAAGGCGGAAGACCUAGGGAUGCAGGUCGCGAUGAUGUUAGUGCACAACACACUUUAACUCCAAAGUCGUCACAAAAAGAUAGUAUCCAAUGAGUAGAUUUAUAAUAUUUUACACCAACAGCGAGCUGUCAAAGCCACUAUACAGUUACCAAUGUCUUUAAAUACCCUAGCGUUCUCUGACUUUACCUAGUCUCCCAUAUGCAUUGUACGUUAGCCUCCCCAUCCACAGUUUCGAGUGUUUAGGAU